AACCACAACCUUCAUGAUCAACAAUAAAAUAUUAUUAACAGCGGCACUUGCAGGUACAGCUAUUGGCUUACCUUCAAAGAGCAAUGGAUACGCGUCAUCUCUCGAUUACGUCGAUAGUGGACUCUCACAGUUCCAAUCUACUGUAGAGUCCAUAGUACAAUCCAUUGGUUUGAAAUGGUUUGAUAACAACGCUCACAAUAGCCCAAUCAGUGCUGAUGAGCUCGUUAUUGAUGAUAUCAAGUACAAGGUUUUAAAACACGAUCAGUUCCCAGAUCAUCGUAUCAGACUUUCAGAGCCAAAGCUUUGCGAUGCAGGCGUCCAGCAAUACUCAGGAUAUGUUGAUAUCUCGGAUUCCAGAAGCUUGUUCUUUUGGUUCUUUGAAUCACGCUCAGAUCCAAAGAGUGACCCAUUCGUUAUGUGGUUAAAUGGUGGACCUGGAUGUUCAUCAUCUACCGGUUUGUUGACCGAGCUUGGUCCAUGUUCUGUCGCUCAUGGAGGAAAGGAUACAGAAUAUAAUAAGCACUCUUGGAAUAAUAACGCCAAUUUGCUGUUCCUUGAUCAACCUAUAAACGUUGGCUAUUCUUAUUCAGAUAGUGACUCGGUCAACACAACACCAGUCGCAGCUGAUGAUGUUUACGCCUUCCUCCAGAUUUUCUUCAAACAUUAUGAUGACUACGCCAAGCUUCCUUUCUCUAUCGCAGCUGAAUCUUAUGGUGGUCGUUAUGCUCCCCUUAUCGCUGACGUUAUCAACAAUCACAAUCAAAUUGAUAAAAGUGUCUACAUGAAGCAAGGCGCAGAAGAUAACUUCUUACACAUUAAUUUAGAAUCAAUUUUAUUAGGAAAUGGUUUAACAGACCCAAAAAUUCAAUUCCCAGCAGUUUACGAUUACGCUUGCCAUGGUCCAUAUAAAAUCUUUGAUCCAGAAGGUGGUGAAUGUGCCAAUUUGAAAUCUAAAGCAAACACAUGUGAAAGACUCAUUGACACUUGCUACAAGACUGACAGUCGUUUCACUUGUUUACCUGCCGCACUUUACUGCUGGUCAGGAAUGUACGGUGGUUUCCAACAACUUGGUUUAAACCCAUACGAUGUUCGUAAAACCUGCGAUCGUAAAAAGGAUGGUGAUCUUUGUUAUAAACAAAUGGGUUGGAUCGAAACUUAUCUUAAUCAACCAGAAGUUAAGAAGGAACUUGGUGUACCAAAAUUCGUUGAGUUCGAAUCAUGCAACUUUGAUGUGAACAGAUCAUUCAUGGGUCAAGGUGAUUCAAUGCAUAACUCAGCCGACCCAACUAUACCUAACUUACUUGACUCUGGUGUUCGCGUUCUCGUUUAUGCAGGUAAAGCUGACUUCAUGUGCAACUACAUCGGUAAUAAGAAAUGGGUUGAGCAAUUACCACAUGAGCUUGGUCAAGAAAUUGCUGCAUCAAAUGAUGAGACAUGGAUUGUCGACGGAAAUAAAGCAGGUGCAUUCAAGAUCGCUCAAAAUGAUAAAGCUGUAUUACAAUUCGUUGAGAUCGAAGGUGCUGGACACAUGGUACCACUUGACCGUGGUCAUGAAGCACUCGCAUUAUUCAAUGGUUGGGUACACGGAAACGGACUUAACAGCACAGUUAUUUGAGCAUGUAUGAAAUCAUAAAUGUAGUUGAACAA